AUGAGUGACUACUACGAGCGCUACAGAAGGGAGAGGAACAACAGCAUCGCCAGUAGCAGCAAGCGGAAGAGAAGCGACAGUCGGUAUGAUAACCAUGAAAGGAAGAAGGAGCACCACGAGGAGGGCUCCUACAAAAGGGCCAGGCCGCUGGAGGACGACGACGAGGAGGAAGCGAGCUUUGGCAGGGAUAUGCAGCGCUAUAGGGAGCGCCUGCGGGAGCAGUGGGGCGACCGGGUGCGGCGCGAGAGGGAUCGAGACAAGGAGCGUGAGAAAUAUUACGAAAGAGGACACGAACGGGGUUACGAACGGGGAUACGAUCGAGGUUACGAGCGGGAGUGGGACCAUGAGCGGGACCGGGAGCGGGAGCGCCCCAAGAAACCCAAGAGGAAGGAACACCACUCCCACAGCAGCGACGAAGAAGACGAACACUCGGACGGCAGGAGUGACAGAGGCAGGCACCGAGUGAGCGGCGCGAGGCACCCAGGAGACGCCUCCGAAAGGAGGGUGCAGCGCGAGAGGGAAAGAUACGAAGCGAAGGAGAGUCGCGGGGAAAGGAGGCGGCCAAGGAAACGCAGCACCAGUGAUGACAGGAGCGACGAGGGAAGUAGUGACAGAAGGAAGGAACGGGGAGACCCCCGCUGGAAGCAAUCCUCGGAGAGGAGCACUUUUGAGGAAAGGCACCCUAAGGAGAAGAAGAAAAAGAAAAAAAAAAGAGACUCCUCUUCAGACGGGGGAAGCAGCACCGGGAGGGAUUCGCCCAAGGGGAGGGAAAGUGAUAAAAGGGAAAGGGGAAGCAAUAGGGGAGACAAAAAUGGAGAAGCGGCCGUCCCUGCCGCGACCGCUACCGCUACCACUACCGCUGCGGCUGACUCCGUAGAAGGGGGGGCGAAGCCAGACGGCGAAAACGAGAGCAAGCUCUCCAGGCUGGAGCGACUCAAGCGGUUCGCGGAGAGGAUCAAAAAGACGGGCAGUGAUGAGACGAGCCCUAAGGCCGGUGUGAAGAGCACCAAGUUUACGCUUAGCACGCCGGCCAGCAGCGCCGGAAGGAAGUUCGCCCUGGACGUGUUUGCGGGAGGCAUGGGGGGGGAAGAAGAAGAAGAAGAGGAGGAGGAGGAGGAGGAGAAGAAGAAGAAGGAGAAGUUGAAGUGGAAGAUGAAUGGGAAGGCGAAUGGGAAGGCGAAUGGGAAGGCGAAUGGGAAGGCGAAUGGGAAGGCGAAUGGGAAGGUGACGGGCAAGACGACGGGGAAGGCGAAUGGAAAGACGAAGAAGGAUGGUGCCACCCGUCGAGGCUCGCAUUCCAAUUCGCCCAUCAGGAGAAACGGCGGAGAGGAGCCCGCAGAGGAAGCUCCCCCUGAGCAAUCCCCCGCGGGGGACGAUAAGGAGGACCCCCUCGAGGCGUUCAUGCGAAACCUGGAGCGGAACUGCCCGGGGGAAGAGGGCGAGGCGGUGGGCCCCAACCAGACCAUAACGCUGGAGGAGAUUUACAGCUACGACGCGAACCGGCACCGGUUCGAGGGGGCCAAGCAGCGGGGGGGCUCUCCCCCCGGCGCGGCCGACCCCUCGGGGGAGGUCGAUAAAGCGGCGCCCCAGGCGGAUGGGAAGUCUCCUCAAACGGGUGGGCAGCCUCCCCAAACGGAUGGGCAGCCACCCCAGAGCGGCGAGGAGUACCACCGACUGUUCGUGCAAGCGCUGAGGAGGAAGGCCGCGGAGGAGAGAGAGGAGGAAGGCCACGAAGAAGGCGAUCGAAGCAGCGGGCGAAGCAGCGCGCAGAGCAGCGGGCACCUGAGCGAGGACAGCGAGUACAACGCGGAGACGAACGCACUCAAGAAGACGAACAAGAAGCUGCUGCAGGUGAACCGAGACCAAGUGGAGUACCUGCCGAUAAAGAAAAACAUCUACGUGCAGGUGAGCGAGAUAACGAAUAUGAAGGAGAGUGACGUGGACCUCUUUAGGAAGAACAACGGAAAUAUAAUCGUGAGGGGGAAGAACUGCCCCCGACCAGUACAGUACUUCUAUCAGUGCGGACUGCCUUCAAAAAUUCUGCCCAUUUUGGAGAGGAAGCAAUUUAAGAAAAUGUUUGGCAUUCAGAUGCAGACGAUCCCCGCGCUGAUGUGUGGGAGGGAUGUAAUCGCCAUUGCCGAAACGGGGAGCGGGAAGACCCUAUCCUAUUUGUUCCCACUCAUUAGACACGUCCUUCACCAGCCACCCCUCCGAAAUAAUGAUGGCCCAAUCGCCAUCAUCCUCACGCCAACUAGGGAAUUAAGCAAACAAGUGAAGAGCGAAGCGAGGCCCUACUGUCAAGCGGUGAAUCUCAGAAUCUUGGCCGUCUAUGGAGGUUCAAAUAUAGGUACACAACUGAACACAUUAAAGAGAGGAGUAGAAAUAUUGGUUGGUACCCCAGGACGUAUAAUCGACAUACUAACGAUCAGCAAUUGCAAGGUGACGAACCUCAAUAGAGUCUCCUUCGUCGUUUUGGAUGAAGCAGAUCGGUUACUAGAUCUAGGCUUUGAGUCCCAAAUACAUAACAUCCUUAAUAACUGCAGGAAGGAUAAGCAGACGGCCAUGAUUUCGGCCACCUUCCCCAAUUACAUUCAAAACCUAGCCAAGAAGUUGCUUUACAAGCCCAUAGAAAUCAUUGUGGGGGAGAAAGGCAAAACGAAUAAUAAUAUUUACCAAUUUGUGGAAGUCCUAGAGGGGGGGAAAAAGAUCUAUAGACUUCUGAAGCUCCUUGGAGAGUGGUCCUCCUACGGAUUGAUCCUCAUUUUUGUGAACAGGCAGUUGGAAGCGGACCUCCUAUACCUAGAACUGUUCAAAUACGAUUACAAAACGUUGGUUUUGCAUGGAGGGCAGGAUCAAGCCGAUAGGGAAUUCACUCUGCAAACUUUUAAAGAGGGGAAGAACAAGAUACUCAUUGCCACCUCGGUCAUGGCUAGAGGAAUCGACAUAAAGGACAUCAUCGUCGUGAUUAACUAUGAGUGUCCAGAUCAUCUGGAAGAUUACAUUCAUCGUGUUGGAAGGACGGGAAGAUCAAACAAAAUUGGGUAUGCGUAUACGUUUGUCUCCCCUGAGGAACACGCAAAAGCGUAUGACAUCUACAGCCUCAUUAAGAAUAACAUUUAUUAUAUGAACAAGACGAUUGACAUGCCGAGGGAGCUGGAGGAACUCGUUCGCGAAUUCACCCAGAGCAGCAACUACGCGGAGGUUAGGAAGAAGGGCUACAAGGGCAAGGGGUUCAAGUUCACUCCGAAUGAGAAGUCCCGCCUGCAGAUGGAUAAGGCAAACGCGAAGAGGGAGCUCGGCUUGCCCAACCCGCAAAACGAAAUCAAACGAAUCGAACUCGAAAUACAGAGGAUCAAAAUGAAUGACACCAUGGACCUCUCCCUAAAGGCGAAGCAGAUAAACGAGCUCAUGAAGACAUACAACUUCGUGGCGCACCAGCAGAAGAGCCUCAAAAAAAGUGCAGACGCUGCCCAGGAAGCUGAUAUUGAGAAAAUGGCCGAGCAGGAGGCCACCAAGGCGACCGAGCAUAUAAAGGAUGAAGCGGAAAGGCAGCAACUCUUUAACAAAGUUAAGCAGGAGGUGAAGAAAAAACUAAUGGAUAGCAAACUGCAGAGCAACUCUAGAACAGAAAACAUCCAUCGGAAUAUGCUUCUUAACUCGAUGAGGACUCGGAACAUGAAGAAGUACUCUCCUUACAUUCCUAACACGUAUAUUACGGAGGACAACUGCAUUUUACAGGAAUUCUAUAUUAAUGACUAUCCGCAGCAUGUGCGUCUGAAGAUAUGCAACCGGGAGGUGCUCUCGCGCGUUGCGGAAAUGUCUGGCUCGAGGUGCCAGAUUAAGGGCCAGUACUCCAACCCCACGCAGCCAAACAAGACCACCUUCCUGCUCGACGCCAAGCCGCUGCACAUCGAAAUAUCUGCGUCCAACUACAACCAGGUGCAGAUUGCCCACAACGAGUUCACGUCCCUCAUCAGCCAGCUGCUGCAGAACAGCGGCAUGAAGGGCCACCGCAAGGGGGGAUGA